AUGGCAACUUUCAUGCUCGCCUCCAACCCUGACAACGUUCUACACACCUCUGCCAAUGGUCCAUUGCCAGCGCAGUCUAUCGAUCCAGCUGAGCUGCCAUGGCUCUCAAGCCUGACACCUCCCUACGAAGACUCCUCGGACCAACAACAUGAAUCAAAAUUUUUCCAAAAGCCAUCUUAUCAACAAGCCGAGGCGACACAAUCAGGCAAUCCUGAUGCAGCCCCUUCACAACCACCACCACAAGCCCAACGAACCCGACGAACUCGUCGACUCUCUUCCCUCUCCUCCUCCACCGAAACCAUCAGCCCAGAGAGAGCGAAACACCUGGAGCGCAAUCGCAUCUCCGCCAACAAAUGCAGGCUGAAGAAGAAAAAGGAACACUCCCGAAUGGAAAGCAUCCUCAAUUUCGAGACGCGAAAACGCGAUGCAUUGUUAUCCGAAGUGGGCCUUCUCAAGGACAAACUAUGGUGCCUCAAAAACAUGAUCUUCGAACAUGCGCAAUGCGACAAUCCUCACAUCAACUAUCAACUGGCGCGGAUGACGGAGCAGGUGUUGAGCAAGAGUCCCGCUUCAGCCGCAAGCAUCUCGCCCGUGUUUGCCACCAAGAGCCAACCGGACGGGUCAGCAUUCUUUGCGGGAGGCGGGGAAAGAAGACCUCUCGACUCCUUCGGGGCUGCUGCGGCUGGUACUGCUGGUACUGCUGGUACUGCUGGUGCUGCUCUGUCGUCUGACAUGAAUCUUGUGCAGGGCUAUUCGGAGACCAUGUUUGAAAAUCUUGUUGACAUUUCCUAG